CUGGCCUGAACAGCAGCGCUUCAGCCUUUAUCUUGGUGCCACUGAUGAUGAUAAGGAUGCUUCUCUCAAUCUCUAAAUGAUUUCACAGGAAACCGACCACAGCUGUACGGCUGCGCGAUGAAUACGCUGGCUUUUAACAGGCAUAAGUCUGGAAUAUCUGUGAUUAUGGAUAUCUUGUACUUUCUAUGGAUGCUGCCGUCGGUGUGGGCUGUCGAAGAGGUACUAAUGGAUUCAACAACAGCAACAGCAGAACUGGGCUGGACCACCUACCCAUCUCAAGGGUGGGAAGAAGUUAGUGGAUACGAUGAAAAUAUGAACACCAUCCGAACAUACCAGGUGUGCAAUAUCUUUAAUAGCAGCCAAAACAACUGGGUCCGGACCAAAUACAUCCGUCGCCGUGGUGCUCAGCGUAUCCAUGUCCAGAUGAAAUUUUCAGUACGGGACUGUAGUUCCAUACCCAAUGUCCCUGGCUCCUGCAAGGAGACCUUCAACCUCUAUUUUUUUGAAUCUGACUUGGAUAAGGCCACUAAAUUAUACCCACCCUGGAUGGAAAACCCAUGGGUGAAAGUGGACACUAUUGCAGCUGACGAGAGCUUCUCUCAGGUCGAUCUCGGUGGCCGCAUCAUGAAGAUCAACAGUGAAGUUCGAAGCUUUGGACCUGUUUCCCACAAUGGCUUCUAUCUUGCUUUCCAGGAUUACGGUGCCUGCAUGUCACUCAUUGCUGUUCGAGUCUUCUACAGAAAAUGUCCCCAUAUAAUCCAGAAUGGAGCUGUUUUCCCUGAGACACUGUCAGGAGCAGAGAGCACCUCUCUUGUGGCAGCCAGAGGAGUGUGUGUUCCUAAUGGGGAGGAGGUGGAUGUACCCAUCAAGCUGUACUGUAAUGGGGAUGGGGAGUGGAUGGUACCUAUUGGUCGCUGUAUGUGUAAAGCUGGAUACGAGGCUGUGGCGAAUGGUACAGUCUGCAAAGCAUGUGUUACAGGCUUCUUCAAGGCUGCUCAGGGAGACCACAAAUGUUUACAGUGUCCCAUUAACAGCCGGACCACCAGCGAGGGAGCAACUAACUGUGUCUGUCGCAAUGGCUACUAUCGCACUGAAUCUGACCCUCCACAGAUGCCUUGUACCACUGUUCCAUCUGCACCACAAAAUGUCAUCUCCAUAGUAAAUGAGACUUCUCUGAUACUGGAGUGGAGUUCACCAAAGGAGAGUGGUGGCCGAGAAGAUGUAGUUUACAACAUCAUAUGUAAGAGUUGUGGCAGCCGUCGCAGCGGCUGCACCCGCUGUGGUGACAACGUGCAGUUUAUCCCACGUCAGCUGGGACUCACCAACACCCGAGUACAUAUCAGCGACCUCAUGGCUCACACGCAGUACACAUUUGAAAUACAAGCUGUCAAUGGAGUGUCUGAUCAGAGUCCUUAUUCACCACAGUACACAUCUGUCAACAUCACCACCAACCAGGCUGCACCAUCAAUAGUGUCCAUCAUCCACCAGGUUAGCAGAACUCCUAACAGCAUCACUCUGUCCUGGUCCCAGCCAGAUCAGCCCAAUGGUGUUAUUCUGGACUAUGAACUGCAGUAUUAUGAGAAGAACCAAGCAGAAUGGAACUCAUCUCUAACGAGGAGUCAGACCAACACUGCGGUCAUACGAGUUUUAAGGCCUGGAACCAUAUACGUGUUUCAGGUCCGGGCUCGGACUGUCGCUGGAUUUGGACGCUUCAGUGGUAAAAUGUACUUCCAAACCAUGACUGAAGAAGAAUAUAACUCCAUUAUUCAAGAGAAGCUCCCCCUCAUCAUUGGUUCAUCUGCUGCAGGGGUUGUCUUUAUUAUUGCCAUCACUGUCGUCAUAAUUGUUUGUCGCAGCAAAAGAAAUUCUGACAGACCAGAAUCUGAAUAUACAGACAAACUCCAACAUUACACCAGCGGUCACAUGUCACCGGGAAUGAAGAUCUACAUUGACCCCUUCACAUAUGAAGAUCCCAAUGAAGCGGUUAGAGAGUUUGCUAAGGAGAUUGACAUUUCCUGUGUGAAGAUUGAACAAGUGAUUGGAGCAGGAGAGUUUGGAGAAGUGUGCAGUGGAAACCUCCGACAGCCUGGGAAAAGGGAGAUAUUGGUGGCCAUCAAGACUUUAAAGGCAGGGUACACUGAACGGCAGAGGAGGGACUUUUUAAGUGAAGCAUCUAUCAUGGGUCAGUUUGAUCAUCCCAACAUCAUCCAUCUGGAGGGAGUGGUUACCAAGAGCAGCCCUGUAAUGAUCAUCACUGAAUUCAUGGAGAAUGGAUCCCUUGACUCAUUCCUCAGGCAAAAUGAUGGCCAGUUCACAGUGAUACAGCUGGUGGGAAUGUUGCGCGGCAUUGCAGCAGGAAUGAAAUACUUGUGUGACAUGAACUAUGUCCAUCGAGACCUGGCAGCGAGGAACAUCUUGGUCAACAGCAACCUAGUGUGCAAAGUGUCUGACUUUGGCCUGUCACGUUUCCUUGAAGAGGAUACUUCAGACCCCACUUACACCAGUGCUCUGGGGGGAAAGAUUCCCAUCAGGUGGACAGCACCAGAGGCCAUUCAGUACAGGAAGUUCACCUCCUCAAGUGACUGCUGGAGCUAUGGCAUAGUCAUGUGGGAGGUGAUGUCAUAUGGAGAGAGGCCCUACUGGGACAUGAGUAAUCAAGAUGUAAUCAAUGCCAUAGAGCAGGACUACAGGUUGCCACCCCCUAUGGAUUGUCCUAGUGCACUACAUCAGCUAAUGCUUGACUGCUGGCAGAAAGAUCGCAACAACCGACCCAAAUUCAGCCAGAUUGUCAGCACACUGGAUAAGAUGAUCCGCAAUCCCAACAGCCUGAAGGCCAUGACACCCUUGUCAUCAAGUGUUCAUUUAGCUCUGCUUGAUCGCAGCACUCCAGAUUUCUCCUCUUUCAGCACCGUCAAUGAGUGGCUGGAUGCCAUAAAAAUGGGCCAGUACAAGGAGAACUUCACCAGUGAAGGCUUCACCAGCUUUGAUGUGGUGUCUCAAAUGACCAUGGAGGAUAUCCUCCGAGUGGGAGUGACAUUGGCUGGUCACCAGAAGAAGAUUCUGAACAGCAUCCAGUCAAUGAGGGCCCAGAUGAACCAGAUCACCUCUGUGGAAGUGUAAUCUCAUAGACCAGAAGCACAAAGACUGUUCACUACAGGAAGUCCAGCUGCCAGUAACCAUGCAUUGAGGAACACAUAUACUGUGACUUCAGUUGAACCUCAGAUUCACUUUUCCUCCUUCCAAACACUCUCCAAAGGCUUCCAUCAGUAUGCAGCACAGCACAGAUGUUGAGUAGUUUUCUUGAAGCUGCUGUAUAUUCAGGUAACAGUCAUUUUGGGGGGCUGUUGGACAUAAUCACAGGCAUCUAACUGUCAAACUACUACAGUACAGUCACGUGUCUUGUUAAUGUUCCAUCACUCUUCCACUCUCUCCACUACCAGCAACUUAAGUUAUUCUUAAGAAUUAAUGUCCUAAAUUUUAUGCAAGGAACCUGCUGUCACAGUGAACGAUGAUAUUAAAAACAGCAUAGCAGGACUCAAUGAACUGGCUGGUGCAAAUUACAACUUAUACGUUAAGUUGAGCAUAUUUAUUUAUAGCUGCCACCUUCACCUUACUGCUACCUCUGUACCACAGUAAUUGUGGCAUUUUUCGUAACUAUGUAAAGUUUCUUAACUAUGUAAAGCUGCAAAUCAGAACUUUUUGUCAGAUCAAACCCAGUUUUUGGUACAGGCAAUUGAACAUUUACAUAGAUUGUAUGGUGUGAAUUUGAAUAAGGAAGCAUUGGCUAACUAUGACCCUUAUAUUAUUCAGCUACAAUGUAGAUGAACACACUUCUACUACCAGCAACAACAGGUGCCAAAUACAUAUAUCUCUAUCUCUAUCUCUCUCUCUCUCUCUACACACACACACACACACACAUAUAUAUAUAUAUAGAGAGAGAGAGAGAGAGAGACAGAGAGAGAGAGAGAGAGAGAGAUCAUUUAUCUCACUGUCCCAUUUACUGCGGAAACUGUGAUACGAAACUUGCCGAUAUGAUUCUCGGUUCUGUACAUGUGUUUUGGGGUUAAAGGUUUACAAGUUUUCAUGUUUUAUAGAAAAUUGUUCAAGAGAAAUACCUUUUACACCCAGUUGUUGUCUUGUAUUUUUCUUUUAAGAAAAAAAGACUGCUCUUUCAUUUGGCACUUUUAAAUCAUAGCUGUUAAACAAAUUGCUUUUCAAUGUUUCAUAUUCUCACAUACCACUGAGAGCUAUAGGCACUGGCUUGCCAACAGAAGCAAAUUGGAAUUUAGUGUCUUGCCAGAGGACAGUUCUAAAUGAUGAGGCAACUGAACUACUAACACUGUAUUUAGUGACUCAACAUUACUUGAGUUAUAGCUUCCCAGCAAGUGCUACCAAUAAGCAAUUAUUAUUCUAUCCUCAAAGUGAUUUAAAAUAACAUUCAAAUGUCCUGCAGAUUUUGAAAUCUAGAAAUUUUAAAAUGUCAAUUCAAAUCUAUGUUUUGCAACCUAACAAAGGCCGUAUGUAGAGGAGUGCUUUUCAAGACAGGUCAUUUUCAGAAUAUGAAGAGUAAUACAAAUCUUGUUAAUUAUGUGUUCAACAGGCUUGGCUGAUAAAAACCGAUGAUAGAUAUCCCUUUAUUAAGCAUAGCAUGUAUUACAUUUGACACCAAAGUUUAGCCUUUAACAUUGAACUCUGUGUAUGAUGUCUUGAGCUUGACCGCCUACAGUGUAAGUUUCUUGGAUAUAUAUAAAAUGCACAAAUUAUUGCUUUCAUAAUUAGGAGACUCAGAUCCACUUAUUGUGAGAAAACAAAUUAUUAUUUUUGCCCAAAAAUAAAUUCACAUAAUUAGUAUGUCAUACGAUGUUUUCUCCUUAAGAAACUGAGUAGUACUUGAUAAUGCAGCCCAUAACUUAUGGUAUAAUUUCAUAUAUUUCAGAUCAGAAUGUAGGGUGUUUUUCAGUUGUCUAAAAAUAUAUCUCUGUAAGGACGGUGCAACCAACUAGGGCCAGGACCAAAUUGCUCUCUCCCCAGCCACCUUCUCUGGGGGAAAACCAAGGCAUUUACAGCCCAGCUGAGAGACCUAAUGUCUGUAGUGUGUCUUGGGUUUAUCUCAGUGCCUCCUCCCAGUAGAACAUACCCAAAAAGCUUGCUCAGGAGGUAUCCUAGUCAGAUGCCCAAACCACUUAAGCUAGUACCUUUUGGUGUCUAAACUGCUCCAGUGUGAACUAUAGGCCACCACCCGAUAAAGCCAACAGAACCACAUCAACUGCAAAAAAGCACAGACAAGAUCCUGAAGCCACCACAAUGGAAGCCUGAGAAAUUCUGUCCAUAAAAAUUUGAAAUAGACUUACUGCCAGCAGUGUAACCAAGUUCUCACUGUGGUUUGAACAGUGACCAAAUAGGGACUUUCUAUAAUAGUCGUUUUUUGUUUGUUUGUUUCUUGUUGUCUUUCUUCUUCUUUUUUUUUGUUAAACAAUGUCUUCUCCAAGUCGACAAGAUACAUAUAGACUGGUUCGACUGGCACCAGGGGCUUUGGCCUGUGAACAAGAUAUCACCCUCCCCAGGCCUCACUCCAGGGCAUGGUUAUAGCCCAAUGGUUAUUUCUUUUUUGUUUGUUUGUUUGUUUGUUUAAAAAAAAAACAGUUAACAUUUGAAUGGCAUUUCAGAACCGAACUUAUGAUCCUAAUUUUUUUUUGGACACAUGGAUGGAUGGACUUCGAUGUGCUUCCAUAAAGUUGAGUUUCACAAUAAAAGCAGUCAGCUAAGAUUCAUUUUUGGAUUUGAGAGCAGUAUUCAGUUGUUUAAGGAGAAACUCCAUUCUCUUGCAUUCCUCUUCACAUGCAUUGCACUUCUAAACUGAUCCACGCUGCUAGGCAUGGGCAUGUGAAGUUUUAAUGAUGCAUCAUAGAUGAAUACUAUCAGAGUGUCUUGGAGAACUUAGAAUAGUUUAUCUGUGGAUUAAAUCUGUCAACAGAUGGGUGAUCUAAGAGGCCACAAUAAAUGAUUAUGAGGCUUACUUUGAAAAGCUGUAACUUCCAAUUUUGUAAAUCAUUACUGAAAAAGUCUACAACCACUGACUGACAUGAUUUAAAAUAUGAAUAGGUUUUGAGUGGUAAAUCAGACUACCCAUGGUUUGGGAAAAUAUCACGAUAUAGUUGUGCAAUGUUUAGGAUUCUGUUUAGGAUUCUGGCACCAUAAGUGCAUUUCUGUCUUUGCUUCUGAGAGGACAAUCAUUCAGAUUGUCCAUUAAAGCUAUAAGCACCAAGCCUCAGAACAAAAUAGCUAUGCUGUGGCUCUUAUGCAAGUCUUUGCAAGAAAUUAGGUAUCAUGUCCCGUUUAGAUAUUGGUGUUUAUACACUCUGGGUUUCUGUAGGACAUAGAGGUCCUGUGCUCUACAUUAUUACCAUAAAAGAUGUGUUUCAUCUCUGAUCUCUGUUUUGUCUUUUCUGUCCUUGUACAUAUUCCCUUCAUGAUUUGAAAUGAAGCUGAAGUGUACCAUCAUCUGAACUCAGAAAUCACUGUGGGUUGGGGUUUGAAAGGUAACAUAGCUCAGAAGCCUCACAGGACCAAUACAGCAUUAGAAAUAUUUUGGGGUUUUUUUUAAUGUGAAUUUUAAUAAAA